AUGAAGACCAUUCUAGACGCUCCGCCUGAAAUCAUUGAUCUUAUAUCAAUUCAAACUGGUGUUCACGUGGACUGUCUGGAAACCUUCCCGGACGAUUUGGCGACUAACCUGCCCGUCUGUCUGAAGAGUCUUCCAAAUCUCCAAACUCUUUCUAUCAGCGAUCUCGUGUUCUCGCAUCCUCAAUCCAGCGCCAGAUCUGCUAAGAUUGAACAAUAUCUGAUGACCGCCAUUCAAGCAAUCCUGCACCAUGCCAGAUUAGACAACCUUGAAGAUCUCCGUUUGAGGCUCCCAUUGACUUACGAUUUUGCCACGCUUGCCAAAGCACCGCUUCCUGACGAGCAAAGCAAGCCUGGCAAUGAUCUUCCGACCGUCAUGAGACGCCUUCGUCAUCUCAAGGUAGGAAUCAGCGACACGAGUGGCCCGGGCGGUCACAUGAUCUACUUCGAUCCGCCAACGAUGUCUCAAGCACAGUGGCCUAAUGUGAGAUACGCCCGAGAAUUCUUCGGCUUUCUCGAAAUGGCACCAAACAUUCACAGUCUAGAGGUUUCAUGUACCCACAAACUCGACAUGGACAAGCUCAACGUCGUUAAAUUCCAGAAUCUUCGAAAAUUGUGCCUUAAUCGCCUUACGGUCUCGCCUGAGCACCUCCAGACUUUACUUUCGCAAAACCAAACCGCAAUUAGGGCUUUACGGCUGAACGCCAUCGGCUUGAAAGAUGGCACAUGGGAAGAGAUUUUUAUUUCCCUGUGCUCUUUUCCAAGGCUAACUCAGUUCUGGGUUGAAUACUGCGGUUACGAUCCCCGUGGCGCAUCUUCUGGCUUCAUCGACCCAUCAAUAACACCCUAUGAUAUUGCCAAAGACCUUGUAUCUGUUCACCGCGGAGAUUUUGAUGCGCUAGGCGACUUACAGCGCCAUGUCAUGCGACUCCGUGAUGCUGCUAGGUUGACUCAAAUCAGCAGAGAAGUCUAUCAGUGGGGUUUCAUGCCGUCACUGGACUCAGCGACAAGUCAUGAGUAG